AUGGGCGGCACCUGCGUUAACGUGGGUUGUGUGCCAAAGAAGGUCAUGUGGUGCGCUGCAAACGCCUUCGAAAACUUGCACGGUUUAAAACAUUUGGGUUUUGAAUUUAAUGAGCCUCCUCGUUUUAACUGGGAACGUCUUGUGGAAAACCGCGAGAAUUACAUCAAAAGAUUAAACCGUAUUUAUGAAACAAACCUUGAAAAGUCCCAAGUUGAGCGUUUCUACGGAUGGGCGAGUCUUGCCCCCAAGGAUGAAUCUAAAGACGAGCAUGUCGUCCUUGUAAAUGCGACAAAAGAAGAGGCAGAAAAAGGCUCACCACCUAUUCAGAAAAUAACAGCGAAACACGUCCUUGUUGCAACCGGCGGCCGUCCGACUCCCCUAUCCAUCCCUGGGGCGUCGUUAUGUACAGAUAGCGAUGGCUUCUUUGGCUUAAAACAUCAGCCAAAACGCGUAGGCGUCGUAGGCGCGGGUUAUAUUGCAGUUGAACUCUGUGGAGUUUUGCAAGCGCUGGGAACGGAGACUCAUUUGUUCACCCGACACGCCCGCUCCCUCCGGAAGUUUGAUGUCAUGAUUCAAGAAGAAAACCAUAAGAACAUGCAGCGGCUAGGUAUACAGGUAUUCCCCAACAGCAUUCCGUCAGAAAUUGUUCAAAGUGAAGGAUCUCUACAUUUACACUUGGAGAACGGCGAGCGCCACGGCCCCUUUGACUGUAUAAUUAAUGCAAUUGGACGUACACCCGAAACGCUGCAUUUGGGGUUAGAGGCGCUGGCAGUUCAAAUGAACGGCAAAUAUAUCAAAGUUGAUGAAUAUCAAAACACAAAUGUGGAGUUGACUCCAAUGGCUAUAGCUGCAGGACGCCGGCUGGCAGACCGACUGUAUGGGCAGCUGCCGCAUGCAAAGGCAGAUUAUGAUUUUGUUCCCUCUGUUAUUUUUGCUCAUCCUCCAAUUGCCUCCGUUGGCCUCUCUGAAGAUCAGGCAGUGCAGCAGUACGGCAGGGAAGACCUCAAGUCAGAGAAAGAAAAGAUCUUGGGGCUGCAUUUAGUUGGAUUGGGCGUAGACGAAGUUCUCCAGGGAUUCGCAGUGGCAAUUAAAAUGGGAGCUACAAAAGCAGACUUAGACCGAUGCGUAGCAAUACACCCCACAGCAGCAGAAGAAGUUGUUACGCUGCCGCCUUGGGGCUUGAGCGACCUCUAA